AUGAAGACUGUAGGAGUGGAUAGUUUGCAGAAGGAUUGGGCAGUUAGUGUUGAAUACUGCUGUGAGGUUGAGGAGUAUGGCAAAAGUGGCCUUUUGAUUUGGCCUUCAACCUACUUCUCCAGUCCCCAACUCUCCUCUGAUGCCUACUACCCAGCACCUCUUACUCCUUCUCCUAUCCCAGCCUACUUCUCCUGUCCCCAACUCUCCUCUGAUGCCUAUUACCCAGCACUCCUUACUCCUCCUCCUAGCCCAGCCUACUUCUCCUGUCCCCAACUCUCCUCUGAUGCCUACUACCCAGCACCUCUUACUCCUCCUCCUAUCCCAGCCUACUUCUCCUGUCCCCAACUCUCCUCUGAUGCCUAUUACCCAGCACCUCUUACUCCUCCUCCUAUCCCAGCCUACUUCUCCUGUCCCCAACUCUCCUCUGAUGCCUAUUACCCAGCACCCCUUACUCCUCCUCCUAGCCCAGCCUACUUCUCCUGUCUCCAACUCUCCUCUGAUGCCUACUACCCAGCACCCCUUACUUCAACACCUAUCCCAGCCUACUUCUCCUGUCCCCAACUCUCCUCUGGUGCCUAUUACCCAGCACCCCUUACUCCUCCUCCUAUCCCAGCCUACUUCUCCUGUCCCCAACUCUCCUCUGAUGCCUAUUACCCAGCACCUCUUACUCCUCCUCCUAUCCCAGCCUACUUCUCCUGUCCCCAACUCUCCUCUGAUGCCUAUUACCCAGCACCUCUUACUCCUCCUCCUAUCCCAGCCUACUUCUCCUGUCCCCAACUCUCCUCUGGUGCCUAUUACCCAGCACCCCUUACUCCUCCUCCUAUCCCAGCCUACUUCUCCUGUCCCCAACUCUCCUCUGAUGCCUAUUACCCAGCACCUCUUACUCCUCCUCCUAUCCCAGCCUACUUCUCCUGUCCCCAACUCUCCUCUGAUGCCUAUUACCCAGCACCCCUUACUCCUCCUCCUAGCCCAGCCUACUUCUCCUGUCUCCAACUCUCCUCUGAUGCCUACUACCCAGCACCCCUUACUUCAACACCUAUCCCAGCCUACUUCUCCUGUCCCCAACUCUCCUCUGGUGCCUAUUACCCAGCACCCCUUACUCCUCCUCCUAUCCCAGCCUACUUCUCCUGUCCCCAACUCUCCUCUGAUGCCUAUUACCCAGCACCUCUUACUCCUCCUCCUAUCCCAGCCUACUUCUCCUGUCCCCAACUCUCCUCUGAUGCCUAUUACCCAACACCCCUUACUCCUCCUCCUAGCCCAGCCUACUUCUCCUGUCUCCAACUCUCCUCUGAUGCCUACUACUCAGCACCCCUUACUUCAACACCUAUCCCAGCCUACUUCUCCUGUCCCCAACUCUCCUCUGGUGCCUAUUACCCAGCACCCCUUACUCCUCCUCCUAUCCCUGCCUACUUCUCCUGUCCCCAACUCUCCUCUGAUGCCUACUACCCAGCACCUCUUACUCCUCCUCCUAUCCCAGCCUACUUCUCCUGUCCCCAACUCUCCUCUGAUGCCUAUUACCCAGCACCCAUUACUCAUCCUCCUAUCCCAGCCUACUUCUCCUGUCCCCAACUCUCCUCUGAUGCCUAUUACCCAGCAGCACUCACUCCUCCUCCUAUCCCCGCCUACUUUUCCUGUCCCCGACUCUCCACAAGUUCAGAGGUUUUUGGAGCAGUGUCAGCUCAGACGCCACAGGCAGAUUUAUCGAAGCUUGGAGAGUGUAAAGUUGUGAGAGCUAACGUACCAGCCAAUCAGCUCCUUACUGCCAUGUUACAGGCUGUGUUUGAAAAAUGA